AUGCUAUUCAAUAUGUUUAGAAUAUGCUACUUGCUGUUCGUGGCAUGUACGGUAAUUGCUCAAAAAGUCAAACUUGAUGGGAAUUCAGCGGAGUAUUGUACUGGAAUGUACAGUAAAGUAGACUGGGGAGGACCAGUGGAACCCUUCAUCAAGGUUGACUUGAAGUCUUUUGAGAAGGCAAAUCCGGCCACUGGAAAUGCAUCGGUCUCAUUAAUUGUCUUUGAAUAUAAGGACCUUGACCUAUUAGGUGUGGAAGACGAUUCAGGUAGAAAGAGGUAUAUUUGUGAUGAUGAAUUAGUUAGUCAAGGACAUUGUAAUGCAGAGCAAUUAUACCAGUUUAUUAUUGGCAGGAAUGCCACAGAUUCCAACGCUCCAAUUAAGACUGAUGUUCUGACCGAAUUAGGUACUAAUGAUUUUAGUUACCUAAUUCCUAUUACCGGUUAUUACUGCGUUGCGGCAAUUAAUCCACCAUUUGAAGGGGAACAUAAUAAUUUCGAAAUGAUUGUUAAUUUCCACAAUGCGUAUGGUAGUUUACCUGCUUCCCAGAUUCCACUAUUAUCUUUAUAUGGAUUAUUAGGAGUUGUUUAUGCAGUCUGUCUUUUUAUCUACUUGUUCCCAGUUUUCAAGCAUAGGUCGGAGUUAUUGCUUUUACAGAAAUAUUUGGCUGGAUUUUUUGUCUUCUUGACAAUUGAAGAUAUACUAACUUGGUCCUUAUAUGAAAUUCAAAAUAACAAUAAAAAGUACCCUCUACCUGGUGGUAUCCAAUUUUACAUCGUGUUUGUUAGUAUUUUGAAUGCAUUUAAGAUUUCAUUUUCAUUGUUUUUGUUAUUAGUUAUUUCAUUAGGCUAUGGUAUUGUUUACACAAAAUUGCCAAGAAAAGUAAUGAAUGUUUGUAAAAUAAUUUGUGGCCUGCAUUUCUUAUUUUCAGCUGCGGCUGCUUGGUUUUCUUACCAUGCAUCUCAAUCACAACCAAUUGGAUCUACUACUUCAACAGGCAGAGCUUCUGAUGGCUUUGAUACGGACUCCAUAAUAGGAAUCCUUAUUUCUAUUCCAAUGAUGAUUCUAUUUAUGGGUUUAUACGUUUGGAUUAUUUCAUCCUUGAGAAGAACUACUCAAUUGCUUGAAGAGAAUAAACAGAUAGUUAAGCUAAAGAUGUACAAGAGGCUAAUGAAUUUGAUUUUUAUCUCUUGUUUAUUGCUGAUCUUUGCCUUUGUGAUGUCAAGUAUUCUAAUUUUCAACGACAACCUAACUGAAUCGAUUGAAAAGUUCUGGAAAUUUAAUGAUGUUUUAACCACAUUUUGGCCAUCUGCAAUUUAUUUUAUUAUUUUCAUUGGUAUUGCAAUGAUUUGGAGACCAACCGAUACAUCAUAUCUUUUAGCAGCAUCUACUCAGAUUUCAUCUACGCCAACCACUGCUGGUACUGGUCCAGAGACUAUUGAUCUUGAACAAUAUGAUAACGAUUUUGAGUUUGACGAUUUGAGAAGCCUUCAUAGCCACAACGGUGAUCCUUUUGCUAAUCCUAAAAGAUCAGAAAACCCUUUUGAUGAUUCAAACCAAGUAGCAGAUCCUUUUGAUGAUGGCUCAAAAGAUUUGGACGAGCAAUUAAAGAAAGAGAAGGAGAAAUUGAAGGCUCAAGAUAAUGACCAUUUUGAAUUAGAUGAUGGAUCUGAUGAUGAUCGUGUAUCAGGUAAAAAAUAA